AUGCGCCGGCUUGCUGCCGACCAUGCCGCCUUGCACCGCAAUCUUCCGCCGUACUACCUGCAGCCCUCGGACGUCGAUGACCUAUCCCAGCUUAGCAUCCUCCUCGCUGGCCCGCCUGGCACGCCUUUCGCUCAAGGAAUAUGGAAGCUCCACCUCAAAAUGCCCGACGACUACCCACAGAGUCCACCAAAGGCGACUUUCAAGACAAAGAUAUGGCACCCGAACAUGGAGGAGCUGACCGGUGCUGUCUGUGUGGACACUCUCAAGCGGGAUUGGCAACCUAACCUAACGCUUCGUGAUGUUCUGGUGGUAAGUCUUGGCCCAUCCCGCAAAUUAUUUGUCCGCACACUAUACUCACUAUAUUUCCAGACAAUCUCCUGCCUGCUCAUAUACCCCAACCCAGACUCCGCCCUCAAUGCUUCGGCAGGAGCUCUUAUGCAAGAGGAUUAUGACGCUUACGCCCACCAAGCCAAACUCAUGACCUCUAUCCACGCACCGAUCCCCCAAGAUCUCAAGGCUGCUGUCACUGAAGCCAAGCUAAGAGGCGAAGAGGCGGGCGCGACACUCAAUGAGCAAGAAGACGAUACGAGAAUACAACCUGCACAAAUGGGCACACGAACCCGCGCUAGAACCAAAAAGAACACUGGCAAGACAUCGGCAACUCCAUCUCAUACCUUCCAUCAGCCUACGCCACCUAUGUCUGAUGAUAUAAUCGAAGAUGAAGAUGAAGACGAAGCCGACCCUGCCAACGAAAGCAAAGAAAACAACCCAUCUUUAUCGCCUUCUCCAGUAUCACUGGUCCCACCAAGCCCCCGAAAAACCGCGCUGGGCAAGCGCCCACUCUCCGUCCUUUCAAUCCCAUAUUCAGAAGACGACGGUGAUCUGAUGCUCAUUGACGACGACAACGAAACCGACACCCAAAUGACAUCAAACGAGAGAAAUAUCUCAGCUAACACCCGCUCUCGAACCUCCUCCCCUCUCCGCAAAACCCCCAAACUCUCCACGCUCUGCGGUGGAGUAAACGCCACCGGUCGACUCCGCCAUGAACUGCCCAUCUUCGAAGACGUCCCCCAACUACCAAUGGCAGACCCCUUCCGCCGCCUCAGCGGCGACGGCAAAGAAAACCACGUAUCAGCCAUGCGCAAAGGAAAGCGUGAUCUAUGCCCCUCAAAGACACUCGGAAUGACCCCUCUUUCCCCGGCAGAUUCGCAGCCGUCCACGCCACAUCUGUCUUCAAUCCCAGACUUCUCGUCCAAAAUCACAAAGAAGAAAUCGACGGGUGUCCACAAGCGUCCAGUCUCAAAGGCGAAGCCUCGUAUUGGAAUCCGCCGACUUUGA